UAUGUCGCAAUAGGCCUCAGGCUGCCUUCCUUGUUCCUCCGUCUGUCCGUCAGCGCCAGAGGUGACCGGAAAACCACGCCGUUCUUGCAUUUCUCCCCGGCCCAAAUUGCUGACUGGAUCAAUCCAAGACCUUGCAGGAUUUUCGAUCUGAUUGCGGCAUGAUCCGCUUCAUCCUGCUGCAGAACCGGCAGGGGAAGACGCGGCUGGCCAAGUACUACGUCCCGCUCGAGGACUCGGAGAAGCACAAGGUUGAAUACGAGGUUCACCGGCUCGUGGUCAAUCGGGACCCCAAGUUUACCAACUUCGUCGAGUUUCGCACACACAAAGUUAUCUACAGGAGAUAUGCAGGACUGUUUUUUUCAAUAUGUGUGGACAUAACUGAUAACGAAUUGGCCUACUUGGAAUGCAUUCACUUGUUUGUCGAGAUAUUGGACCAUUUCUUUAGCAAUGUUUGUGAGCUUGAUUUAGUGUUUAAUUUUCACAAGGUUUACCUCAUACUAGAUGAGUUUAUUCUUGCUGGAGAGCUGCAAGAAACAAGCAAAAAGGCAAUAAUUGAGCGAAUGGGUGAACUGGAGAAGCUGGAAUGAGAACGACCAGGAAGAUGCUGCCGCCUGCCGCGUGCCUUGUGUUCCAACUUGUACUAUUCGUUUCAGGUGUUUUUGUGUUUGCUUUCAUGGUUCUUGGUUCCGGUUGACAGUCAGCGUGAGGCCAUGCUGUCAUUCUCUCGAAGAAUGGUAUGUAACAUGAGAUUAGUGCCAAUUACAUUAUAAUUCUCGUACCUUUGAAAAAACAUUAUAAUCUGUCAGGAAAUUGCCUGUGGUGGAAAAGAAAAGAGGCUUUUACAUAUA